AUGGGCUGCGCUCCCAGCAUCCACGUUUCGCAGAGCGGCGUGAUCUACUGCCGAGACUCGGACGAGUCCAAUUCCCCCCACCAGACCACUACCCUGUCGCAGGGCACAGCUACCACCUUACACGGCCUCUUCAUCAAGACCGACGCCGCCGACGCCAUCCCCUCGGUGCUCGCCUACCAGAGCCGCCAGGCCGGGGCCCCGGGCGCUCGCCGGGAGCGGAGAGAGCUGGGGAGCAGCAGCAGCAGCAGCGCGGGCACCGCAGCCUCUGCCCCGACCACCUGCAGGGUGCGCACCCAUUACUGCUGCAGCAGCGCCGAGGCCGAGACCCAGACCAGCUACACCAGCGUCAAGGUUUCAACUGCAGAAGUGCGAAUUGGGCCGAUGAGAUUGACACAAGAUCCUAUUCAGGUUUUGCUGAUUUUUGCAAAGGAAGACAGUCAAAGCGAUGGAUUCUGGUGGGCCUGUGACAGAGCUGGCUACAGAUGUAAUAUCGCUCGAACUCCAGAAUCUGCCCUUGAGUGCUUUUUAGAUAAGCACCACGAAAUCAUUGUAAUCGACCACAGACAAGACCAACACUUUGAUGCAGAAGCCGUCUGCAGAUCAAUCCGCGCUACAAGUCCAUCAGAACACACGGUUAUACUAGCAGUUGUUUCACAUAUAUCGGGUGAACGUGAAGAAACAUCAGUCCUUCCUCUUCUCCAUGCAGGCUUCAAUAGGAGAUUUAUGGAGAAUAGCAGUAUCACUGCUUGUUACAACGAACUGAUUCAAAUAGAACAUGGGGAAGUUCGAUCACAGUUCAAAUUACGGGCAUGUAACUCAAUUUUUACGGCACUCGACCACUGUCAUGAAGCCAUAGAAAUAACCAGUGAUGACCAUGUCAUUCAGUAUGUCAACCCUGCCUUUGAAAGGAUGAUGGGCUAUCACAAGGGAGAGCUCAUAGGAAAAGAACUCACUGAAUUGCCCAAAAGUGAUAAAAACCGUGCAGAUCUCCUGGACACCAUUAACACGUGCAUCAAGAAGGGAAAGGAAUGGCAAGGGGUUUACUACGCAAGAAGAAAAUCAGGAGACAGCGUUCAACAGCAUGUGAAGAUCACACCAGUGAUUGGCCAAGGAGGGAAAAUUAGACAUUUUGUGUCUCUCAAGAAACUGUGUUGUACUGCUGACAACAAUAAACAGAUACACAAGAUUCACCGGGAUUCAGGAGACAAGUCUCAGUCAGAGUCUCAUUCAUUUAGAUAUAAGAACAGGAGGAAAGAAUCUAUUGAUGUUAAAUCAAUAACAUCUCGAAGUAGUGAUGCACCAAGUUUGCAGAAUCGUCGUUAUCCAUCUAUGGCAAGGAUCCAUUCUAUGACCAUUGAAGCUCCAAUCACAAAGGUCAUUAAUAUAAUCAAUGCUGCCCAAGAGAAUAGCCCAGUAACUGUAGCAGAAGCCUUGGACAGAGUUCUGGAAAUUUUACGAACCACAGAACUAUACUCUCCACAGCUGGGCACUAAAGAUGAAGAUCCUCACACUAGUGAUCUAGUCGGAGGACUGAUGACAGAUGGCUUGAGAAGGUUGUCAGGGAAUGAGUAUGUGUUUUCCAAGAAUAUGCACCACAGCCACAGUCAUCUUUCACUGCCAAUCACAAUCAAUGAUGUUCCACCCUCUAUUGCACAAUUACUCGAUAAUGAAGAAAGCUGGGACUUCAACAUCUUUGAAUUAGAGGCUGUGACACAUAAAAGACCAUUGGUUUACCUAGGGCUAAAAGUGUUUGCUCGUUUUGGCGUCUGUGAGUUUUUGAACUGUUCAGAAGCCACUCUUCGGGCCUGGCUCCAGGUGAUUGAAGCCAAUUACCACUCAUCCAACUCUUACCACAACUCUACCCAUGCUGCAGAUGUCCUGCAUGCCACUGCAUUUUUCCUUGGGAAAGAAAGAGUGAAGGUAAAAUUUUCAGUGAACUCAUGGACAAACUUAGAUUAG